GGGAUUUCUCAAUGCAUGAUGGGAAGAUCGUACUUUUUGUCACACUUUUUGUGACCGUUGAGGGGGUACUUGUGGAUGUCCAUUAAAUCAAAGAUACUGGGCGGAGCCAGUCUGGGGGCCCGGUGGUUUGGUGUGUAUUGUAGUUAUAUAAUCGUAGUGAGAAUUUCUACGCGAGCUUAGUGAAAAGUGCAUUUUUAGUGAAAACAAAGAGCUCCAAAAUGGCAUCUUCACAGCCGGCAACAUCACAAGGAAAAGGAAAGAUUGGAAUCAUUGGAAGUGGUCUGAUUGGACGAAGUUGGGCCAUGAUAUUUGCCAGCGCCGGUUACAACGUCACAAUGUUUGACAUCAAAGAGUCGCAGCUGACUGGCGCUAUGGCAGACAUCACCAACCAGCUCGCCGAACUCCAGAAAUCCGGAACGCUGAGGGGCGCGCUGACAGCUGAACAACAGAGGGCGCUAAUCAGCGUGACCAGCGACAUGAAAGAGGCCGUCACCGGUGCCUUUCAUGUACAGGAAUGUGUUCCAGAGAAUGAAGAAUUGAAGAAGAAAGUCUUCAGUGAGAUGGAACAGUACGCCGACGACGCGGCCGUUCUCUGCAGCUCUGUAUCCUACAUUGAGCCUUCCAAACUCUUUGCCCAUCUCAAACGACGCAGCCAAUUCAUCGCGGCCCACCCGACCAACCCUCCAUACUACUGCCCACUUGUUGAGAUCAUCCCUAGCCCCUGGACCGAGCAGUCGGUCGUGUCUCGAACCCGAACUUUACUGGAGGAAGUGGGCCAAGUACCAGUGACAGUGAAGAAAGAGAUCUACGGAUUUGCUCUGAACCGAAUGCAGAUUGCCAUCGUCAACGAAGCCUGGAGGCUGGUCGCUGAUGGAGUGAUGUCACCCGAAGACGUUGACAAAGUUUUCACGGCCGGUUUAGGGAUGCGUUAUGCAUUUUGCGGUCCAUUUGAAGUCAUACAUCUCAAUGCAGAAGGUAUUGCCAGCUAUCUAGAGCGCUACGGCUCCACCAUACAGCGCGUGUCGUCGACAUUUGGACCUCCGCCAGCUUUCACCGGACCGGUGUACGACGCCAUUGUGCAAGACAACGACGCCCACUAUCCAUUGGACAAACUGCAAGAGAUGCGCGGGUGGCGGGAUGCCAGACUUGUGGCACUGGCUAAACUAAAAAAGGACAUGGAGGAUAAUAAAGCACUUUAAAAAUGAGGCUGAAGGUAUUAUUUUUUCAUGAAUUUCAUUCUAUUUGUCAUGAUUUGAAUAAUCAUCAAUUUUGGGUGGAUUUGAAAUAUAUAAGUUUUUACCAAUAUUAGGCUACUUUAAAGUUACAUUCCCACCUUGCCCAAUUUUCAACUUUUAAGUUUUAUUCCAACCAAACAAACCACUUACGUUUUCCUUUUUUUGACAUUUACAAUCCUCUGAAAAGGGAUUUUUGUUUUGGGCUCAAACAGAUCUGCUUUGCAAGCAGACUGGCUCCUAGUCCAUACAUUAUCAUUACUGAAUGUGGGGCGGGAACCAGCCUACCCUGCGAGAAAAGAACUAUUGUCUGGCAGCUAAGUAUUCAAAAUUUUGAAGUCAGGCAAUAUCUUAACAUUGGCCAAUUUUUUUCAGUCAAUAU